CUGCGAUGGUGAGCGGAGCAGAACCGCAUCCCACCUUGGUGCGGGGCUCCGCAGGGUACGUACGCCGGCGGCAAACGACGGACUACGGGAUGCCUUUGGAGAGAGGGGACGAUUUUAACCCUCAGAAGGAUUUUUAGGGGAAACUCGCCUUUUACUCCAAAAUGCAGGAAGCCCCGGAGAGCGGCAGCAGCGCCAGCGCCGGCAGCUCCUUCUCCAGCCACGCCACGGCCAGCAUCAAGGAGGAGGACUGCAGCCCCGAGAAGGAGCGACCCCCCGAGGCCGAGUACAUCAGCUCCCGCUGUGUCCUCUUCACCUACUUCCAGGGGGACAUCAGCGCCGUGGUGGAUGAGCACUUCAGCCGGGCGCUCAGCCAGCCCAGCAGCUUCUCCCUGGGCAGCGCGAAGGCGGCGCGGAACGCGGGCUCCUGGCGGGAUGGAUCCUUCCCAAUGAGCCAGCGCAUCUUCCCGCCGUCCUUCUGGAACAGCACGUAUCAGCCCUCCUCGGUGCCGGCCAGCCUGAGCAGCCCCCUGGCAGCCGCCGCCCACAGUGAGCUGCCCUUCGCCGCUGCCACCGACCCCUACGUGCCCGCCUCCCUGCACGGCCACCUGCACCAGGGCGGCCCCGAGCCCUGGCACCACGCCCACCAUCACCACCACCAUCACCACCACCACCACCCCUACAUCGGCACACAGAGCACGGCCUACCCCCGCCCCACCGCCAUGCACGAGGUCUACGGGCCCCACUUUGACCCCCGCUACGGCUCGCUCCUGGUGCCCACGGCCUCCGUCCGCCCCCACCGCCUCACGCCCGCCUCCGUGUCCGCACCCGUCAGCCCGCCCUGCGAACUGGGCAAGAGUGAAGCGGGCGCUGCCGCGGCCUGGACGACGCCGGGCCCCUUCCCCAGUGCAACAGGAGACAUGGCCCAGGGCAUUGGCCUCAAUGUGGACACAGGUUUGCAAGCUCAGGAUAAAAGCAAGGAUCUGUACUGGUUUUAGAGCUGUCCUUCACUCUUCUUCCCCUGGCUCUCCCCUGUAGCUCUCUACCCAUUAGACAUGGUGGCAUUCAGAGCUGAAAUCGGGUCAGUUUGUAACAGCUUCUGGUCUUGGUUUGCAGCUCGCCGUUACUCCUUCUGUGGUGGAUCCCUUCUGAGCUGAUGUGCUGACUCAAAGACUCUCAGAUCCCCCCUUGCCCUUUUCCAAACCCACCGUGGCCCUGCUGCUCGGGGAAAGACAACGGGAUUUAAAAGGACCUGGCAUUGCAAGGGUGAUACUUUAGACUUAUUUCGGAGAGGCAAGUCAUUCUGUUGCAAGACGAGAGCCAAAGACAUUGAACUUCUAUUUAAACAGACCCCACACCCAGACCUGCAGCCAGACUACUCUGAAAGAGUUAAAUGACAUCAUGGAUGGUGAUGCAAAAGCACUGGCCUUCACACAGGCAACAGAGGAAAUUGUGGGGGUUUUUUAGUGGUGUGAAUAUUUUUUUAUGGCAGUGAAAGUUAUUUCUUGAAUGCAACCAUGGUAAAGAUACUCAGCAGUUUUGAACUGGAUUUUUAUUUUGCAUUAUAGAAAAGUAAAAGGAGAAGAAACUGGAACUCAUUAACUUUUUCAGACUGUCAUGGAACUGGUCAGAUUUUUCAGCUUUGUGGUUGUGAGUGGCAAGUGUCUGACUGGGGCCACCUGCCCUGGACUUACAGAUAUGCAGCUGUUCCCCUCACAACUGCUUAAAUCCCAGAAAGACGAAAACCAAGGUGGCACUUCUCAGACUUUGGCACAUUGCAUUGGCUGUACAACAGUUGUUUGGUUGGGGGUGGGGUUGUUUGUUUGGUUUUGGUUGUUUUUUGGUGUUUUUUUUUUCUUUUUUUUUCUUUUUACAAUAAACAUUUUCUGGUGAAAGUUAAACCCUCUUAAAGCAGGGAAAGAAAGGGAUCCAAUGAAGAAUGGCUCACCUCCAACCCAACAGCCUUUAAAGGGAACACCAGAACAAAAAGCACUUGGUGGACAUUAGUUCUGAGUUGCCUCUAACACUUCCUUUUGUCUACUUAUUGCUGUCAUUUUGCCACUUUAGUAGUUGUUUCAUUUCGGGUUUUUUCAA